CCUUUUCAUCUUCUGCUCUUCAUCUCUCUCUGUCUCUCUCUCUGUCUGUCUCUUGUUCGGUGGUUCCAAAUCGAGCUGUAAUCUCCCAAAUCUAGACAGAAUUGGAGGCCGCCUCAAGCUCUCUUCUGCUUUUUCGCGUGUCUCUGCGUUGUAUAGUGGACAUAUAUGGAUUCGGACGAGGAAGGAGAGGAGUACCUCUUCAAGGUGGUGAUAAUCGGCGACUCGGCGGUGGGGAAGUCGAACCUCUUGUCCCGCUACGCCCGCAACGAGUUCAAUAUGCAUUCCAAGGCCACCAUCGGCGUCGAGUUCCAGACUCAGAGCAUCGACAUUGACGGCAAGGAGGUCAAGGCCCAGAUUUGGGACACCGCCGGCCAGGAACGCUUCCGCGCCGUCACCUCUGCCUACUACCGCGGCGCUGUCGGCGCUCUCGUCGUCUACGACAUCAGCCGCCGCACCACCUUCGAGAACGUCAGCCGCUGGCUCGAUGAGCUCAAAACACAUUCCGAUACCACUGUUGCAUGGAUGUUGGUGGGAAACAAAUGUGAUUUGGAGAAUAUUAGGGAUGUAAGUGUGGAAGAAGGCAAGAGUCUAGCAGAAGCUGAAGGAUUGUUCUUUAUGGAGACAUCUGCCCUGGAUUCCACCAAUGUUAAGAAAGCGUUCGAGAUUGUGAUCCGGGAGAUCUAUAACAAUGUGAGUCGGAAGGUUCUAAAUUCGGAUUCAUACAAGGCUGAGUUGUCUGUCAAUAGGGUAAGCCUCGUAAAGGAUGGUGCUGACGGAUCAAAGCAAACUUCAUGCUGUUCCAGAUGAGACCUCUUAUGCUGUUUUUCAAGGUGAGCUUUGUGUGUUCGGAUGAGACCUGGUUUUGGUUUCUAUGAAGCUGAGCAUUCGGGUUGUUCCCGGCGAGACCUACUUGGGCUAGUCUCACAAAUUAAAUUGGUGUUCAAGGACUUCCCCCCCCCGCUUUGUGCCUGAUUUCCUAUACAGUAUCUUGAGAGUGGUUUUCUCUUUUCUAAUAAGAUCAUAGAAAUUUUUCUGCCUAGGAAUUGAAUACCCAUCCUCUGAACUGUAAUAAAACUAUAAUUUGUUCAACUGAUAUAGUGAAUCUUAUAAAAUUUUUAUUGUUGGCUGGAA